CCCGCCCCCUGCGUGCGCGGCCCCGCGGCCCCGCGCGCUCCCGGCCCGCGCGCCAUCUUGGCCACUCCGGGAGUGUCUAACGCGGACUGUCGACGGCGUGCGCAGCCAGAGAGCUCACCCAGGCCACGGGAGCAGAAUGGAACACUACCGGAGGGCUGGCUCUGUAGAGCUCCCAGCAUCCUCACCAAUGCCCCAGCUUCCUCCCGACACCCUGGAAAUGCGAGUCCGAGACGGGAGCAAAAUCCGGAACCUGCUGGGACUGGCGCUGGGUCGGCUGGAGGCGGGGAGCACGAGGCAUGUGGUGUUCUCGGGGUCUGGCCGGGCCGCUGGAAAGGCUGUCAGCUGUGCAGAGAUCGUCAAACGGCGGGUUCCAGGCCUGCACCAACUCACCAAGCUUCGUUUCCUGCAAACUGAAGACAGCUGGGUCCCGGCCUCACCGGACACGGGCCUGGACCCCCUCACGGUUCGACGCCAUGUGCCUGCAGUGUGGGUACUGCUCAGUCGGGACCCCUUGGACCCCAGCGAAUGUGGCUACCAACCCCCAGGAGCACCCCCCGGCCUGGGCCCCAUACCAAGUUCCGGCUGUGGUUCCAGACCCCGAAGAAAGACUCGGGACACCCGGUCCUGAGGAUCUGCUGAGCCUGACUGUGUGCUGGACCUGAAUAUCUGUGCCUUCUCUAAGAAGCGCUCGAGUGGCAUUCAACAUGCCAGCAGGGCUUGAGUCCACUGAAACCCUGCCUUCCCCUCCCCCUGGAGUGUGGGAUGUCACUGCCAUAAAGAAUGACGGGUGUGGGGUCAGGGCUAAGCUAAAGACUGCUUGAGAAGGGCUUGCUCUGGCUCUGUCUGCAGCAUAUCUCACUUGCCUUUUUUGACAUCCGUCUAGGGAAGGGAAAUAAAGGUUGUGCCCAUGUG